CUCUUAAUAUUUUUAUUUAUUUAUAGGACGUGAUGUAAUUGCCCAGGCCCAGUCAGGAACUGGUAAGACAGCAACAUUUUCAAUUGCAAUACUUCAACAAAUAGACACAGGGCUCAGUGAGUGUCAGUCUUUGAUUCUGGCACCAACAAGAGAAUUGGCUCAGCAGAUCCAAAAGGCAGUUAUUGCUCUAGGUGAUCAUAUGAGAGCUCAGUGUCAUGCGUGUAUUGGUGGCACCAACAUCCGAGAGGACAUGAGAAAACUAGAUAUUGGAAUGCAUAUUGUUGUUGGAACACCAGGAAGAGUAUUUGAUAUGAUAAAUAGGAAUGCUUUGAAAACAAAACACAUACGGAUCUUUGUAUUAGAUGAAGCUGAUGAAAUGUUGUCAAGAGGAUUCAAAGACCAGAUUUAUGAUGUUUUUCGAACACUUGGCACAGAUAUUCAGGUAAUUCUUUUAUCAGCUACAAUGCCAGUGGAUGUGUUAGAAGUCACAAAAUGUUUCAUGAGAGAUCCUAUUCGAAUUCUGGUUAAAAAGGAAGAAUUAACUCUGGAGGGUAUUAAGCAAUUCUAUGUGGCAGUAGAACGUGAGGAAUGGAAGUUGGCUACUUUGUGUGAUCUUUAUGAAACAUUGACCAUUACUCAAGCAGUAAUAUUUUGUAACACAAGAAGAAAGGUUGACUGGUUGACUGAGAAGAUGCAUCUCAAGGACUUUACAGUGUCAGCUCUGCAUGGGGAUAUGGAUCAGAGGGAGCGGGAUGUGAUCAUGCGAGAAUUUAGGUCAGGCUCAAGUCGGGUUCUGAUCACCACUGAUCUCCUUGCAAGAGGGAUUGAUGUUCAGCAAGUGUCAUUGGUGAUUAAUUACGAUCUUCCAUCAAAUCGAGAAAACUACAUUCACAGAAUUGGUCGUGGUGGACGUUUUGGUCGUAAAGGAGUAGCUAUUAACUUUGUUACCGAAGAAGAUAAACGCACUUUGCGUGAUAUUGAACAAUUCUACAAUACACAAAUUGAGGAAAUGCCCAUGGAUGUGGCAGAUCUGAUUUAAAUCUCUAAAAAGUACAUGAUUUUGUGAAAGAGUAUAAAUAUACGUUUGAAAACUGAUUACGCUGUGGACUGUUACAAACUGUGAAUCACUGGAAGGCUACCUUGUAUGUGUUUUAAUUACCUGGAAUUCUGCUGUGGACAUUUCAGGUGGAAAAUUCUGCUCCUGGUAUAAUUUUUUCUAACCAUCUAUAUUUAAUAGAUUAACUUUAAAUUUCAGUCACUUUAUAUGCUAGUCUCCCAGAGCAGUUAUAGUGCCUUUUGUUGUUGUUUUUUAAUAAAAGUAGUUCUUUUU